UACACAACUCCUUUUCUACUACGGAAGAGAAGAAAGAAAGAAGAAGCGAGAGAUCUAAUGAGCAUAUUCGGGUUGGGAGGAAAGAUUCUCGGGGAGGUCGCUAAAGGCGCCGGUGAGGCCCUCAGAACUACCGGCGACAUCACUGGCUCGAUCAUAGAUGCCGGAAAUAACAUCACCCAACGAGCCAUCGGCGAUAUCACCGGUAUCGGGAAGAAGAAGAUCAAAGGGAAGGUGAUUUUGAUGAGAAGCAAUGCCUUGGAUUUCACUGAGUUACACUCCACUGUCGUUGAUACUUUCGUUGAGCUGUUGGGAAGUUCGAUUGUUCUUCAACUCAUUAGUGCAACUAGUGUUGAUCACCACUCAAACAGCCCGCGAGGGAAAGUCGGAAAAAAUGCUUACUUGCAGAGGUGGGCGACCACAAUGCCACGGCUGUUUGCAGGAGAAUCUGUGUUUGAAGUUAACUUUGAAUGGGAAGAGGGCUUUGGACUUCCGGGGGCUUUCUACAUAAAAAAUGGCCAUACCACUGAGUUUUAUCUCAAGUCCCUUACUCUUGACAAUGUCCCUGACUAUGGAACUGUCCAUUUUGACUGCAACUCAUGGAUUUAUCCUUCACGAAGAUACAAGAAAGAUCGUAUUUUCUUUGCCAAUAAGACUUAUCUUCCGAACGAAACACCAGAUCCACUCCUUAAGUAUAGAGAGGAGGAGUUGCUGAAUCUUAGAGGUGAUGGAAAAGGAGAGCGUCAAAAAUGGGAUAGGAUCUAUGACUACGAUGUCUACAACGACAUUGGCGAUCCUGAUGGUGGUGCUAGCCUUGUUCGUCCCAUUCUUGGAGGGAGUGAAUAUCCUUAUCCUCGUAGAGGAAGAACGGGAAGACCACAUGCAAGAAAGGAUCACAAGUCUGAAAGCCGAAUGAAAUCGGUGGUGGGGUUAGAUAUUUACGUACCAAGAGAUGAAAAUUUUGGACACUUGAAGAUGGACGAUUUCCUUGCGUAUGCAUUGAAGUCACUUUCUUCAUCUGUCACGCCAGGCCUUCAAAGUGUAUUUGAUUUUACUCCAUUGGAAUUUGACAAAUUCAAAGAAGUUCAUGAUCUCUAUGAUGGAGGAUUUCCCAUUCCAUUUAAUGUUCUUAGGAACCUCACUGAAGGCCUAACACCACCCAUGUUCAAAGAACUUUUAAGGACCGAUGGUGAACGAUUCCUCAAAUUUCCCCCUCCUCAAAUCGUCAAAGAUGAUAAGUCUGCCUGGAGAACUGAUGAAGAGUUUGCGAGAGAAAUGCUGGCUGGAGUGAACCCUAUUAUCAUCCAACGUCUUCAACAUUUUCCACCGUUGAGCAAGCUCGAUCAUAAGGUUUAUGGAAACCAAAAUAGUACAAUCACUGAAGAACACAUAAAACAUGGUUUAGAUGGACUCACCGUCGAUGAGGCAAUGAAGCAAAACAGGCUAUAUAUAUUGGAUCACCAUGAUGCAUUGAUGCCAUAUCUUAGGAAAAUAAAUUCAACAUCUACAAAGACUUAUGCCACAAGAACAAUACUGUUUUUGAAAGCUGAUGGGACUUUGAAGCCAUUGGUUAUUGAGCUGAGCUUGCCACACCAGCAAAAGGAUGAAUUUGGUGCCAUUAGCAAGCUAUAUUUUCCAGCUGAAGAAGGAGUUGAAAGCUCAAUUUGGCAACUAGCCAAGGCUUAUGUGGCUGUAAAUGAUGCUGGGUAUCAUCAACUUAUCUGCCACUGGUUGAAUACACAUGCAGUACUGGAGCCUUUUGUGAUUGCAACACAUCGACAAUUAAGUGUGCUUCAUCCAAUUCACAAGUUGCUUGCUCCCCAUUACAAAGACACCAUGUUCAUCAAUGCAUUUGCAAGGCAAACUCUAGUUAAUGCUGAUGGUCUUCUGGAACAAACUCAUUUUCAAUCAAAGUAUGCCAUGGAGUUGUCUUCUUAUAUAUACAAGGAAUGGAAUUUCCUUGAACAAGCACUGCCUGCCAAUCUUUUGAAGAGAGGGGUAGCAGUUGAAGAUCCAAGUUCCCCACACGGGGUUCGACUUUUGAUAGAAGAUUAUCCCUUCGCCGUCGACGGGCUGGAGAUUUGGUCCACAAUAAAAAACUGGGUCAUAAACUACUGCUGUCUCUACUACAAAGACGACGCGGCCAUCCAAAACGACGUCGAACUCCAAUUAUGGUGGAAAGAGGUCCUAGAAAAAGGCCAUCCCGACCUACAACACAAACCAUGGUGGCCCAAAAUGCACACCCUCGCCGAGCUAAUCGAGUCCUGCACCAUCAUCAUAUGGAUCGCUUCCGCCCUCCACGCCGCCGUCAACUUCGGCCAGUACCCUUACGGCGGCUUCAUUCCCAACCGACCAACCGUAAGCCGCAGACUGAUGCCGGAGGCAGGCAGUGCAGAGUACAAAGAACUCGAGUCGAACCCCGAAAAGGCCUUCUUGAGAACAAUCAACUCCCAGUUCCAGUGCCUCAUUGGGAUGUCCCUGAUUGAAAUAUUGUCGAGGCACGCUUCUGACGAGGUCUACCUCGGGCAGAGAGCCAGCGUGGAAUGGACUUCAGAUGCAGCUGCAUUGGCAGCGUUUGAGGAAUUUGGAAAACAAGUGUUUGAAGUUGAGGAACGAAUUAUGGAGAGGAAUCGAAACAUCAAUUUGAAGAACAGAACUGGGCCUGCUAAUGUGCCGUACACUUUGCUGAUUCCAUCGAGCUCUGAAGGGCUCACUGGCAGAGGAAUUCCCAAUAGUAUCUCCAUUUGAAGAAGCUGUGUGGUUAAGACCGGGCCAGGUUUUAAGCUACUCGUUAAUUACUUAUUACUAUGGAAUAAAAGAGUGUGCUUAAGGUGGCUUUAGGUUUCUAAUAUUCCGCAUUUUGAAUUUUAUGUAAGCAGUUUAUUGUGAAAACAAUAAAAAUUAUGCUUAAUUUAUAAUGUGCGAUGAGUGUUUUUUUUUCUUUUUGACGAAAUAUCUAAAGAUUGUUAUCGUUGGGUAUGAGUGAGAGUUAUUGGGACCCUCGUUCUCUUGACUGUUCAA